UGCAUACCUCUCUUUUACAGAAAAAAAUGUUUGUAUGGAAACUUGCAGCGCUGUUACUCGUUUUCGUAGCAGCUGAGGGUUGCGACAAAACAAAAACGAUCCGGUGCUCCAGUCAUGGCUACAAGUAUGCCGAAUGUAAAGUCCCGGGAGGAUACGGCAACGCCAUUAUCACAAAAACAAGAAUGUUUGUGUGGAAACUUGCAGCGCUGUUACUCGUUUUCGUUGCAGCUGAGAGUUGCGACAUAACAAACACGAUCCGGUGCUCCAGUCAUGGCUACAAGUAUGCCGAAUGCAUCGUCCCGGGAGGAUACGGCAACGCCAUUAUCACAGUCAUCAACAAGUUGUCCCGUUCCAGUUGUACUCUGGGGAGAAGCUAUGGUUACCGCAACGGGAAGCUUUGGGUUGACCGUGGCUGCCGUGCUGUUUUCUCCGUAUGCUUGUGCCGAAAUUUUGUCUCCAUGAACUGCGACAGCUGGAGUUACAAGUUCAAGAGCUGCCCUGUGUCAGGUGCCUCGCGAGUUUCUAAGGUCGCGUUGAAGAGUAAAAGGUCAAGGUCCCCCUGCACAUUGGGAAGAAGUUUUGGAAGCGACAGCAAUUCGAUAUGGGUGGACAGAGGGUGCAGAGCGACGUUUGACGUCUGCUACAAGUAGAAACGUCAGCCUGCAAGAUAAAAACGAUUUGGUUCAUGCACUGUACAUUCAAAAUACUAUUAAACGCUCGUUAUCUGA